AUGGAUGUGCUGCAUUUCUUGUUUGGGAUCUUUGGGAAUGUAACUGCUCUUUUCCUCUUCUUGUCUCCCAUCGUCACAUUUCGGAGGAUUAUAAAAAAUAAAUUAACAGAGGAUUUUUCAGGAGUACCGUACAACAUGGCCCUGCUCAACUGCCUCCUCUGUGCUUGGUACGGGUUGCCGUUCGUGUCACCCAACAACAUGCUUUUUUCGACGAUCAACGGCACGGGGGCGGUGUUGGAGGCAGUGUAUGUGGUGAUCUUCAUCAUCUACGCGCCCCAGAAGGUGAGAUCCAUGAUGCUUGGCCUCUUCGCCCUCGUCGUCACUCUUUUCGCCGCUGUCGCCCUCGCCUCCCUCCUCUUCCUCCAUGGCCAGACUCGCAAACUCUUCUGCGGCUUUGCCGCUGCCGUUUUCUCCAUCUGCAUGUAUGCCUCGCCACUCUUCGUCAUGAGAUUGGUGAUCCGAACUAAAAGCGUGGAGUUCAUGCCUUUUUUUCUUUCGUUGUUUGUGUUCUUGUGUGGAACAUCUUGGUUCAUCUUCGGACUACUUGGUCAUGAUCCUUUUAUUUCGGUGCCUAACGGGUGUGGGAGUGUCCUCGGAGCAAUGCAACUCAUCUUGUACGCCAUCUACAGGAACCACAAGGGAGCAGCCACCGGCGAGGACUCGGUGGAAGUGAGCAAAGCUAAGAAGGCCCAGAACUUGGUGGCCAACCAAGUGGAAGAGACGAUGCUGGAGGGUGGCCAAAGGCUUCCUGCCUCCUGCUAGUUGCAGUGGCAAUUGUAUGAAGCUCUAUGUGGCCGCGAUUAUGUGCUCGACUUCUUGCAAUAAUGGAUGCAUCGAGUGCGUGAAUGACUGAA